GAUUGCCAUAGCAAAGAGUAGCCACAUUUGGUUUAUUAGUCCUUAAUUUUAGUCAGAUUAAAGGGAAUGGAGUUAUAUAAAUUAUUGUUAUAUGUGUAACGUUAUAUUCCCUCGAGUUGUCACUCCUCUACAGUUCUUGAUCUGUUAGUCAUACCGUUUGAGUUGUCAAUCAAGAGUAUUGGCCAUGUGUUAAGUGCUGGACAAUAUGCAUCCUGCAUUCACACUAUGUGCCUGUUCAAGAGGUGUUUAUGUACAAAUAUACAUAUGACAUGUAGAUAAAUGCUUGAAUAACAAAAACGGAAUGUUCUUAGAUUCCAAUGUGAAGUCAAAUCCAAGUUAAAGGCGUAGUUCACCCGAAAAUGAGAUUAUCACAUUACUUGCCCACCAAUAGAUCCUGUUCAGUGAAUGGGUGCCAUCAGAAUGAAAGCCAAACAGCUGAUAAAAACACCACAAGUAAUCCACACGACUACAGACCAUCCAUUAACAUCUUGUGAAGUGAAAAGCGGCAUGUUUGUAAGAAACAAAUCCUUUGUUAAAGUGUUUUAACUUUAAACUAUUGCUUCUGGCCAAAACAUAAGUCUAUAAUCUGCAAUAACUCUUCCAUCUCCUGUUGACCUCCUACAACAAAAUCCAAAUUUGUUUCGAACUUUUGGACAGUUUUCACUUCUAAACAUUGCUUGAUCUGUGCAUAUCUCUCUUCUGAUUCAGACAGGACUUUUUCACUAGAAAAAGCAAUAUUAUGGAACACUCAUAUUUUAGCCUGAAGCAGGGAUUUAAAGUUUCUUAUUACAAACACACCGCUUUUUAAAUCACAAGGUGUUAACUGAUGGACUGGAUUAUUGUGAUGUUUUUAUCAGCCGUUUGGACUCUCAUUCUGACGGCACCCAUUCACUGCAGAGGAUCCCUUUUGAGAGCAAGUGAUGUAAAUGCCUAAUUUUCUCCAAAUCUGUUCUGAUCAUAUUCAUCUUGAAUGCGCUGAGGGUUAAUUUUCAGCCAUUUUUAUUUUUUGGGUCAACUAUUCCUUUAAAAGAAAAAUAAUGCAAAACUGAAACACAGUAAAGCCAUGAGUAGCAGAAAAGAUAAUGAUAACCUCCUCAAAAUGACAAAGGAUGACCUGCAGCGCUGGAUCCAGGCAGAGGUGGACCGAAACCCUCAUCUGAUGCAGAGGCGCGAGCAGCUCGGACAAGUUGAGGAGUGGGUGAAGCAGAAGGAGAGGGAUUCCACUUACACCUGCCUUCUGUACAGCAAUGCCCACGAGUCAGUCCUUGAGUGUGAGUCAGUGAUGAAGGGUCUUUAUGGAAUGCUGGGAUUGGAGUACCGAGACGAGGAUUCGGAGGAGGAAGGAGGAGGAGAACCCCUUGACGUCAUUCAUCUCACAGAUGAAGAGGAGGAUAGACAGGAAAAUAGUGUCUUCAAUGGAGAUGAUGAUGAUGAUGAUAUUGUUGUCAUUGAUCUGGGAGCCACCAAGGAAACCUUGGAACCAAUGCUUGAAAAGGUGACGGUGGCCAUUCAGAAUUCAUCCAGACUCAUUCAAGACUUAGUCCAUAUGGUGAACAAAACUUCCUCCAUAAGUGCUGUAUCACCAUCAUCAUCAUCGUCUGACUUCUCCAACAGACCCUCAUCGACCUUGACCCCUGAGACCAGCCAUUCUGAAUCUGUCACAUUGAAACUGGAAAUACCUGAAAACUCUAUUUCGAUAGUUAAGACUGAAUCUCUAUCGAGAUCACCUGAAAUGUCCUCGCUUCUCAGCAAUUCAGAACAAAACAAAUCUAUUGCCCAUCAAAAGCCAGAUUCUAAACCAACAAUUAAGACUGAACCACAACUAGAAAUGAGCAUUUCAAACCAACAUGAAACUGCUGCUAGUCUUAACUGUACAUCCUUAAAAUUAAUUAAGACUGAACCUCAAUUGAUAGCAGUGAGUCCUUCCGAAACACCAGAAACAAUUGCCAGUCCUAAUCUUGGAUCCUUAGCAACAAUAAAGACCGAGCAUCAGUUGUUGGUAAUAAAGCCAGAAAUGACUUCACCUCCAAGCCCUUCAGAACCUUUCAAAAUUCCAUCAAUUAAGUCUGAACCUCAGCUGACAGCAUUAACUCCUGAAACAUCUUUGCUUGAAAGUGAUCCUGAACAGUCAAACAGCCUUAAUUCAGAUCACAAAGCAACACGUAACACUGAACUUAUGUUGCCGGCAAUGACUUCAGAAAUCCCUUUAUUUUCAGAACAAUUGAAACCUAGUGCCUGUCCUAUUUUAGCAUCCGUAGCAUCAAAUGAGAUUGAUCCUCAAGUGACCCCUUCAGAAAUGUCUUCACCUUCAAGCAGUUCAGAACAAAUGGAAACUGCUGCCAGUGACAAUACAUCAACCAUAGAAACAAACCAGACUGAGCCUGUGUCAUCACUGCCGAGCAAUUCUGAAGAAGCUGAAACUCUUGCCAGACAUGAUUCGGAAUCCACAGAUGAGAACCAAAAGCCAAAAACAUGGAGCAAAUCUGUCAAACCCUCUGUGCCCACGAGAAGUCCAACAACUAGACUGAGAUCAAAAAACUCUGUGCCUGGUACCAGCGCUUCCUGCCCACAAAAGGAUACAACAAGGGCGUCAUCGCCUGCAGAUAGUAAUAAUGAACCCUCUGACACAGAGGACCUGCCUGCUAGUCCUGCUGACAGUGAUUAUGAACCCUCUGAAUCACAAUCGGAGUCAUCAUCAGACAGUGAUUAUGAAGCCCCUAAAUCACAGUCAGAGUUAUCGACAGAUACGACUGAUUAUACCAGCCGCAAUAAUGCUCCUGCAGAAUAUUCCAGUCCUGAUCAAAGUUCCAAGUCUUCAUCCAGUGAGUCCUCCAAGCCUUCUCAAGAACAUGAAGAGAUAAAACUCAAAGUCAGCAUGGAAGUUUUAGGGAAAAGGCAACACAACUUGUGGUGUAAAGGAACAGUACAAGAAGUCCAAACAGCAGAGGAUGGCCUCAGAUAUAAGGUGGAGUUUAAGAGUGGUAAAGAGAUUGUGCUGCCUGCUCAUCAUGUGGCCUCUCUGAAGCCUGCCCUGCUUAAGGAUUUGUUUAUUGGCUGUCGUGUUGUGGCCAGCAGCAAAGAUGAUGAAGGAAAGGUCUCGUUUAAUGCUGCCGUGCUGGUUGAGCUUCCCGAGCGCAAGAAUCGCAUGAGGUUUUUGGUGUUUUAUGAUAAUGGCGAAGUAGCUUACCUGUCACUUCCAGACCUUCAUCUCGUCUGCAAACAAUUGAAAAAGGUGUGGAAGGACAUUGAGGAUGAGACAUUAAGGUUGCAGGUUAAGGAAUAUCUUCGUGCCUAUCCCAACCCCAUUGCUGUGGUGCUUCGCGUGGGGCAAGACACCAAGGCGAUGCGGAAUGGCAAGUUUGAGACUUGCACGGUGCUCCAGUUGGAUGGCAGCCUGAUCCAGAUCUGCUUUAAGAAAGACAAGCAGAAAGAGUGGAUUUAUAAAGGCUCAGAAAAGUUGGAACACAUCGUAAAUAUCAAGGAACGUCUGGCUAAAGAUAAACCACAGAAAACAGCUCUACAGAAAACACAACAUAAACUACAACAGCCGUAUCAACAGAAAACGCAACAACCACAGCAACAACCACAGCAACAAAAAGUGCAACAACCACAGCAACAAAAAGUGCAACAAAAAGUGCAACAACCACAGCAACAAAAAGUGCAACAAAAAGUGCAACAACCACAGCAACAAAAAGUGCAACAACCACAGCAACAAAAAGUGCAACAACCACAGCAACAAAAAGUGCAACAACCACAGCAACAAAAAGUGCAACAACCACAGCAACAGAAAGUGCAACAAUUCUUUCAACAGAAACCACAUCAGCCAUCUCAACAGAAAACGCAACAACCACAGCAACAGAAAGUGCAACAAUUCUUUCAACAGAAACCACUUCAGCCAUCUCAACAAAAAACGCAACAAAAAGUGCAACAACCACAGCAACAAAAAGUGCAACAAUUCUUUCAACAGAAACCACUUCAGCCAUCUCAACAGAAAGCGCAACAGCCUGCAGCAACAACAGGAAAUGCCACAUCUCAGCGCAACACAACCUCCUCCUUGACAACAGCUGCCUCAGCGACUGUUACUUUAACAUCUGUCACCUCAGCAGCUGUAUCUCAGGCGACCCGACAAUCUGAUACAGUCACCAAAACAUCAUCUAUUAGGCCUCAAAUGAUCACAUCAGCUGCUUUCCAGCCAAAGGUCCUCCUGCAGAGGUUGACUGUGCUUUCACCUGUCUUACCAGCUGUCUGUGUGUCAAAGGAUAGUAUGCACACAGUAAAACCUGCUACUGCAAACAGUACCUCAAAUUUAAGAAGUGCAAAGCGACCUGCCCCUGAUGAGGAAGAAGAGUGUGCUUCUGAUGGAGAAGAGUGUGUUUCUAAGGAAGAAGACAAAGCAGUUUUAAAGCAACACCAGUGCAAGUCCAUAUACUUGCAUCAUCGCUGUUGUCCAGCAUGUCUGGAUGGGGUGAGACCGUCUCAAGUCGACAUGCACCAUGGUCAAAAUCCACUUCUUAUCCCACUGCUUUUUAAGUUUAGGCGAAUGACUGCUAGAAGGCGCAUCGAUGGAAAGGUGUUUUUCCAUAUUUUCUAUCGUUCGCCAUGUGGGCGGAGCCUGUGUGACAUGCAGGAAGUGCAGGAGUACUUGUUUGAAACGCGCGGUGACUUCCUUUUCCUGGAAAUGUUCUGUAUGGACCCAUUUGUUCUUGUAAAUCGCGCCCGACCUCCUUCCACAUCAACCAGCAAGCCUCACCUCUACCUGCCGGACAUCUCAGAUGGCAGAGAGGUGUUACCGGUGCCCUGCGUUAAUGAAGUGGACAACACGCUCGCUCCUAACAUCAGUUACACCAAAGACAGAGUUCCAGCUCCAGGUGUUUCUAUUAAUACCAGCUCAGACUUCUUGAUCGGCUGUGACUGCACAGAUGGUUGUCUGGACAGGUCAAAGUGUGCAUGCCACCAGCUGACCAUUGAAGCCACGUCCUUACGCAGUGGUGGUCCAGUGGACGUUAGUGCUGGAUACACACAUAAGAGGUUACCAACCACCUUGCCAACAGGGGUGUAUGAGUGUAACCCUCUGUGCCGUUGUGAUCCAAGAACGUGCAGCAACAGGCUGGUUCAGCACGGGCUGCAGCUGCGGCUGGAGCUCUUCAUGACACAACACAAGGGAUGGGGCAUCCGCUGCAAAGAUGAUGUAGCCAAGGGCACAUUCGUGUGUGUUUUCACUGGUAAAAUAGUAAACGAGGACAGAAUGAAUGAGGAUGACACAGUGUCCGGCAAUGACUAUUUGGCCAACCUUGACUUCAUUGAGGGUGUGGAGAAACUGAAAGAGGGUUAUGAGAGCGAGGCGUACUGCUCAGACACAGAGGUCGAAAGCAACAAGAAGACCAUAACCAUGAAAACAGGGCCGUUGUGGAAAAACACUCUCUACCAAGAAGACUCUAGCAGUAGUGAAGAAAGAGAAGAACCUAUGGAGCUGGACACAGAACAAGAAGAAAUGGAAGUGAGUCUCACAUCCUUACGUGAGAAAAUACUAUCCCAUAAGCCACAUGAAGCCUCUAAAGAUGCUCAGGAGAAAGUGACCAAACAAAUGAGAGAGGACGGUCAAGAAACCUCAGGUCCAAAGCGUUGCUUCGCCAGAAAGUCAUUCCAGAGAAGAGUAAAACCACUAGUAACCACGGAUGCAAAGGAGAAAACGAGGACAGCUCUAACUGGCAACAACACACGCAGACUGUUCAGCGGCGAGGACACCUGUUACAUCAUCGAUGCGAGACAAGAGGGCAACCUCGGCCGCUUCAUCAACCACAGCUGCAGUCCGAAUUUGUUUGUUCAGAACGUCUUUGUCGACACACACGACCUUCGGUUUCCAUGGGUGGCGUUCUUUGCCAGCAAGCGCAUCAAGGCGGGCGCGGAGUUGACGUGGGAUUAUAACUAUGAGGUUGGCAGUGUGGAGGGGAAGGUUCUGCUCUGCUGCUGUGGCUCUCUGCGGUGCACAGGAAGGCUGCUCUGAUGUACUGCUUUCAACAAAAAACACUAAAACUUCAAUAGAGGCGUUAUCCUUGUAAACAGUUUCACCAAGCCAUCAGAAACACAGCUGUGACGCUGUUCUGGAAGAGCAUUCCAAUCAUGACCCUUUGAAUAUGAAAAGAAUAAUAAAAUAUAUUCAAGUUUGUUGUUGCUUUUAUUGUUUUGUUUGUUUUUAACCUCUACAAGUAUCGUUAAUAGCCACUUAUUCGAUGUAAAUAAAAUUUGCAAAUAUCAAAAAUGACUUUUUGUGUAAUGUUUGUCUUGUAUAAACGCCCUAAA